AUGCUACUACUUCUCAUGCACAAAUGGUUCUCGAAGCAAGCGCUGGAAUUCAUCAAAACGCCAACAAGAGCCACGAAUGAACAGGAGUUUUUCGGUUCAAGUGCAUUUGUUUUUAACGCAGAAAAAGACGAAUUAGCUGCUGCUGAAGAAGAGUUGCCUGAGGAAUUUUCUUAUCAACAAUUUGAAGAGUCUAAAUUGAAGCGACAGCCGACUACAGUUAUCUAUACAGAUUCAUUGCUACGAGCUUCUCAUUCUUCGUAUCCGCUUGAGCCCGAAGACGUUUUGGAAGUAGAACUGGAGGAUGACGCUGCUUUCAUGGAUCAAGAUCAAGAAAAGAUUGCAGAAUCAAGAAAGAGCAGUGGUGGACGGGAUUUCAUCGAGAGCAAUGUUGAUGAAAGAACCCUUCCUGCGACGGUUCGCUUCUGCAAAAGUCUCAGUGAUGUGACUCCAUACACGGAGAAUCGACCAGAGAACAUUCGAAUCUCAAGAAGUAUCGCCUGUGUGGCAGCGAUUGGCCACGAGUGGCACGAGAGAUUGAACGCGUUUGAGCUCUGUGAACAGCACUCGUACACCGACUCGUUCUCGCUGCUCACAAAUGUUGAUUUCUUGUGUCGACUCAACUUCUACGCAAAUCGAUUGACCGAGAAGAUUGCUGAUGUGGCUGGCCGGGAUCUCCGAAUUCACAUUCGAACUCUCGGCAAUCCACGAGCCAGAUAUUUCAACGAUGCUGGAGAAGGCUACAAAUCAUCGUCGUUCUCGAGUGAAGCCAGUGAAGGACCGGAUGCUAGAGAAGAAGACCGCGGCUUUACCGUCGAGGCUGCUAACGAAGAAGAGGUUCCAACAUUCGGUCUCUUCUCAUUCCUCAGCCCUCGCAAACCCAGUCACAUCUUGGAGAGACCGCGCUCUGCUUUAUCGAUUUUAUCUAAAACUGAUGGGAGACAAAGUAGAAAGACUUCUAUCGAUCGAUCGGCUGCUUCGAGAAACGAUGACAUCAUGGGACUUUUGCGGCGAUCGUCCGGCGCUGACUCCAGAGCAUCCACCACAUCACCACUACAGCUUCCCGAUCACGCACUUGUUGGCCUUUCAUUAGAAGAAAAAGAGCACAUCAUGAAAGUGAUGGCCGCUGCACAAAGAGGAUCACCGACCACUUCGAGGAGAAGCUCAUCAGCUAUCGGACACUCGGUGAUCCCCGAAAUGAGCGAUCUCACCGACGCGGAAAGAGUUCAUAUCCAGAGUGUGCUCGAGAAGGUCGAACAAAGGCAAACGCCAUAUAUGAUCUCUGUGCCUCGUCGCCAAAUGACUGGUCGAACCGACUCCGCUCAAUCUGGCACGCAUCUCAUCACCGGACGGAUCGAAAGUCAAGAGGCAAUCGACGAGGGGAACUCAUUAGGGCUCACGUUUGCCCCACCCACCAUAAAAGAGCCGCUCACUAAUGAGGGGGUCGCCAAAGAAACAGAAAGAAACGCUGAAGAAACGCCGCUUUUCGUCGAGACACCCGAUUCAGCGAGAUUCGAAAGAUCGUUUUCGGAUAGAAGUGGGGAAACGGAGGGUGCAUCUGAAGGAACUGAAGGACCAUCGGAUGAAGAACAUGAAGAGAUCGACUAUGAUCGACAGUUAGCUGAACGAAGAGCUCAAUUGCAUGAGGAACAAAUGUCGAUGGAGAGAGAACGAGAAGAACAAGCAACUGAAUAUGACUCUCGGGAAUCGCAAUCGGAUCGUCGUUCUUCUGCCAUGUCACGACAAUCCUCUGCAUUCAGCAUUAAAUCGGUUUCCGAGAUCAUCCGUUCGCCACACGUGCAUAAUUGGUAUGAGGAGCAGCUCUCGUUCAUGAAAGAAUCAAUGGCUGAUGAAGAGGCCGAAUUGGCGGAAGACGAUGUAACAGAAGGCGAAGACAAUGCCGACGUGCAAACGCCGACUCCAACGCAGGAAAGCCAUGAAAUUCAUCCAAUUCAAGAAAUUCAAGACCAAUCAUCGGCGGGUCUUCUGACCGGAUCCUCCUUUGUGGGAUCCGGGCAGGGAAUGUUUGGAAGAAAAAGUGAUGGAGGAAAGACACAAUCAAGUGGAGGAUUCGGAUUUGGAAAGCUCGGAGCACUCGGUGGAUUGGCGAGCAGUGCGAUUGGAAAGGCAAAAGCAGCCAGUGAACAGCUACAAGCAGUGGCGAAAGAUGCGGUGGCGGAUAUUUCCCAACCAGCUCCUGCACAUCGAACCCCAUCACCACAGCCCACCCAACCAACUCCAUCGAUGGCCGGUCCAAUUCCACCCGGUAUGGAGGAUCUCUCGGCAGCCGAGCGAGAGCAGAUCAUGGCGGUGAUGCGAGCGGCUGAAGGGGAAACAACAUUCCAGCCACAAAUCCCAUCACAAUCAUCCACUUCAAUGCAACCACCAAAACAAGGCAUCUCCCGUCCAGUCUCCUCUCUUUCCCAGACUUCAUCAAUGCGUCCAACUACAGCAGAAAUCGAUCCACUUGAAGGAUUGUCCGAAGAGGAAAAGGCGCACAUCUUAAAGGUGAUGGGAGCUGCCGAGAUCGAACAGUCGAUAUCACCGAUUCCUCCGAUUAAGCAAUCCCAAAAUAUUGCUCCAAAAUCACCGAUGAUCCCACCAAUGGAUGGUUUUGAAGGGUUGAGCGAAGGAGAGCAAAGGAAAAUUUUAGACGUCAUGAACCAAGCGGCAAUGAUGGACUCCUCAAUGGCAUCCACCUCAUUCACCCCAUCAUCACAACCCUCUAUCAGAUCCCCGCAACCACCACAGCCAACCAUCGAUGGAUUAGAAGGAUUGACUGACGCUGAGCGGCAAAAGAUUCUAGAAGUGAUGAAUAUGGCGGCAAUGGAUGAGUCGAUGCCAGCGCCUCAACCAGUGUUCCUUCAAAAAUCUCCCUCUUUCACACCAGCUCCAAUUGUUGAAGAAGCAUUUGAUGGGUUGACAGAUGAGGAAAGAAGGCGGAUACAAGAAGUGAUGAAUCUGGCGGCAAUGGACGAGUCAAUGACGUCAUCACCAUUUACUCAAUCAUCAACACUGAUCAAAACAGAUGAAAGAUUGAGACCAGUCUCUCCAUCAUUGCCCUUGUCAACAAUAGAUAUUCAAGGCUUAGAAAAUCUACCGGAUGAGGAGCGGCGUCGAAUCUUGGCAUUGAUGGCUGAGGCGGUAGCUGAUGAGCAAAUUGCUUCAACAUCGACAUUUGAAUCGACUUUUAUAGAAAGAAAAAUUCCAUCAAAAUCUGUUGAAAAUCUUCAAGGAUUUGCUAGAGACGUGGAAAUGAGAAGAGAGUAUGAGAUUGAAGAGCCCAUCUAUGAAGAGCCGGUGUACGAGCUAAAACAAGAAUCAACAGAUCAAUAUCAAUCUCAAGAAGAGCCGAGAAGCUAUGAGAUCCCGGAUCUCGACCUCUCCCAUCUGCCACCAGCUGAACGAGAGCAAAUCUUGGCGGUGAUUCGAAUGGCGCAAGGAGACGAUCCAGCUAUGGCUACCCGAUCCACUCCAUCAACAAGACCAACAAUGCCCGAACCAGAGCUGCUGGCUGAUCGACUUGAACGAGAACGGAUCAACCUUCAACAAGCAGUCACUGUACAUCCAAGAAGGGUCUCCCGAGAGAACUCAACGAUCAUAUCCGUCUCUUCCCGUGAAUCCCUCUACGAGACAUCUGACUCUGGAUCAUUCUAUGAGAAUCUCGCGAGAAAUAGCAGUCGAUCGGAUAGCAUGGCCGACAGUGGAUUCACCACUCAAUCGGGCAGUGUUCAGAGCGAAUUGGGCAGGAAAGAAAUCGAGUACAAGCACCAAGAAUUGACGAGAACCGACUCAGCCGAGCAGCGAAUUACGACAGCGGCAACGGAAUUGAGGCAUGGUCUUGAAGAGGCUGACUUCACGUUUGCCGAUGAUCGGUUCAAGAUAUCGGAACCGGAGACACAACAAGUCAUCGAAGCGCUUGAAGAUCCGAGAUGGAAAGAGAUGGAACAAACGUGGUCUUCAACACAACGACCCCGAAUGUGGACAACUGUCUUUGAGACGGACGAGAGUGAGAUGCCCGAUGAUCAAUUCAGAAAUUCUGAACCCUCUCAAGCCGUGCCAGCACAACGACUGCCCAGAACUCGGAUUUUUUACGAUUCGGCUGCAAGUCCUCUAGAUGCUGUUGAAAUGGAUGAUGUUUACGAUGUGUUUGCGACAGAGGAAGAGCCAAACCAACGAGUGAUCCCGGAGAUUCGACAACCAAGUGGAUUGCGCGAGUUGCGAGAGAUCGCAUUUGACUCGGGACCGAUCAUUCCACCGCAACAAUCUCAACUUCAAAGAAUCGGCGUCCCCGAGAUCGUGAUCAAGCCGAGCACUCCCGUUGCCUCAACCGUCACCACUCCUGAGAGCUCUCCGCCAAGCUCAAGCCCGGUGUCCGAGGUGGUGGCCACGCGGAAAUUCGCUCAAACGACACCAGCUCAAACGACAGCAGCUCAAACUCAAACUCAGCCUCAUACCCAGCCAAUUGUUGCCCCAAAAAAACCGGCUCGAAGAAUAAAAUUCUCUUAUCGAAACGCUGAUGACAGUGAUGAAUCGGAGCCGUCUUCUGAUGAAGAGGAUUAUCCGGAUACGGUAAUUGCGGCUCCAAUUGCUCCAUCAAAGCCUUACGAUGAGGUGGAGGCUGAACGAGAACAACAAGAACAAUUUGGAAGAGAAGUCCUCAGACAGAUUCAGGCUUUUGGUGACAGCAGCCAUCUUUCCGAUCUCGCCAACGACGAGUUCGACGUGCACUGGACUCAAAAUGGGAAAGAGCAGACGGCUGUGCGUCGAGUUGUACAAACGGUUGUGACAAUCCAUUCACAAGAGCCACUCCAUCACCAAGCCGAUCUCUCACAUCAACCGCAGAUCCCGUUGAAUGGAGCAAACAUUCCGAUGCCUGAUGAGCUCAGCACGCAAAUGAUCACUGAUCCUCUUGACAUUGCUGAAGUGACUCGACGAAAUCCAUUCAUCGAUAGUCCUGAAGAGGAAGAAGUGUGCAUUGAUAUGGAAGAUAUGGAUCUCGAGCAGGUUCGACGCUUCUAUGAGGGCGGCCCUGGGCAAUUCGCUCAUCGACCUGGCACCGUUUACACGAUACCAGAGGAUGAGUCUGAAGGAGAAUCGACGACUGGUGAUGCGAAAUUGCAUGCUCGUGAACGAGCGCGCCGAAAAGCAGCUGAAGUCACAGCAGCAAUUCUGUCAAUGUACGAGCAAGAUAGCCGAGAGAAAAAGAUCAUCGAAAAGGAGCGGAUGGGAAAGAAAACCGCGGUCACCAUGCCCACCUACAGUAGUCUCUAUUCGGGAACAACUCGUCCAAUUGCCUCUACUGUCGACUCAUUGACAUACUCGCAACCAAGUGCGAUUGUUAGCCAAGGCUACGUGGUGCCGACCUACUCUUUCUCGGAUCUUCCAUCCACUUCAACCACAGUUACAGCCACUCCAUCGACUAGCACCGUUCAACCGGUGUUUACUUCAACAAUGUCCUCUUCAACGGUUCGGCCGAUCCCCUCGACAAGCACUUCGUACGCGUGGCCUGCACCGGAAGUCUCGAGAACAACUUCAUCCACUUUGCCGAAAGCAGCUGUUGCUCCAACGACAGCUGUGCCUCGCGAGCAGCUCAUUCCUGCUACACAGCCAAGAGCCAAGACGCCUGAACAGGAAUUGUUGGAGAGUGUUUAUGGAGGCACAUCGGACUCGUAUCGAUUAACGAAAUUCUUAUACGAUACAAGCAUCAUUGAGACGAGUAGAGAGUUGACAAGCAGCCUCUCCCCGUCGCAACACUUGGUCGGAUCAUCUGCUGAUGCGCACUCACCAUCAUUCCUCAUUCAGGACAUGAAACCCUCAUCUGUGCUGGGAAAUGAACUCGAUCAGGAGAAAACGCCUGAAGAUGGGACACCAAGACUGAAACGAUCACCGGGUAUGCUCCUUCCGAAUGAGUAUCCCCCUUCAACUUCUUCUCAAUUACCCUCGGCGUGGCUACCUUGGAAUCCAGCCAGCAUCCAGCCAAAUCAAGCGGAAAGUGUCCUUGCGGAACCGCAUGCUAAAAUGUCAAAACUCGAAGAUCAACUCAUCAACACUGUUCACCCGCAAAGUGCAAUCGAUGCCACAACAAUGCCCAUCGAUUCUCUGCCAUUCACCGUUGAGAACACAAUGCAAGAGCUCUCGAGUGCCUACAAUUGGAUUAAAGAGAUCGAGGAUGAUGCGUGCUCGGUGGGCUCAGGUCAGAGUGAAAUGGGUCGGAGGAAACUCCCCUCGGUACCCCCAUUGCAACAAACAACACCAACCACACAACAGACAACUCCAGCUAUCAUUCGCGGUGCAUCCACGCCUGCACCCCAAAUCGGGCCGUUUGGCGGCUCGAUGUCUGGCUCGAUCUGGCCACCCAGUCAUCAGCAAUUCGGCGCCACCCCGACCACCGCUUGGGCUUCGACUUUCACAUCAACAGCUCUGUCAACCUCGACACCAUUCGGCGUCAACAAUCAGCCGUCCACAAUUCUCCCAUCUGUUCUCUCACGUCCAUUAGGGCCCUACUCGUCGAGUCUCCUUGGCCAGCAACAAACCCAGCCACAACACCAUGUCUCGUUCGCUGAUCAAGAGCUCCGAUCGGGUAGAACCACCCCGCUGGCGUCAGCCUUUGCCCAACAACCCUACCUCAGCAGCUCAGCUCCACCCACCGCCACAUCUAUCACUCAAUUCAAUCUUUUCUCAUCAAACAUUCCAACACCUUUUGCAGCAAUGCAAUCGAAAACGGGAUCGAUCGGCUCACAAACGGGCAGCAGCACGGUGACUGGGCUUGGCGCUUCCACUCUCCAAUCGCACUCAUUUGCACCGAGCAUUCAACCCGGUCAUCCCGGUCUUUCCUCUCAACCCGGCUCCGCGAUGGGCUCAAUGAUCGAUUUGACGAGUCGACCGCAAUCAUCGUGUUCGGCUUUGUCAACCGCUCGCACAUUCUACGAUCCAGCGAUCCUCCCUGGUGCUCAGAUCACAGCUUCAGCAAACCCGAAGAAGCAGACUUUCAGACCGGUCUCCUCGAUUUCCCACCAUAAACAUCGUGCCUCUCAACAAUCGAAAAUUCCGAACACUCUGGCGAGGGUUUUGUUGAAGAAAGAAUUGAAGGAGGCGUUAACACGACGCCGAGACGCGCUCGAAGCAUGCGAGAUCGAAGCAAAUCAACGACAAUACGUUGUGCAUAAAAUGCUGGUGACUGGUCUACUGCCGGAUAAUAGAGAAGACGAUGUGCCACGAGUGAUCCCUUGUCUGUUACCGAUCGAGUUGAUCAGCGGUGCCCGUGUCACUCCUCGACCCACAGCCACCGUCGGAACACAGAAAGACGAUCAUCUAGCAUCAAUUACGCAGAGAGAACAGCAGCCCAUUCAAACAAUGCAUUUCCCAUCUAAUUACUAUACCGAUUUGCCAUCAACAUAUCAAAAGCGAAGUGUCGGCGUGCAAAGUGGAGAUGGAGUGGCGCUACCAACAAGAUACGAGUACAACCCACAACCACAGCACUCAAAAUUGUAUGAAAGAACGAUGGAAAGCUUUGGUCGUUUGUACGAUCAACGGGGAAUUGGCCCAGCUGCAAGUUUAAGUCAUCAGAUUAGCCAAGAGCGCUUGGAUCGACAAAGAGUGAAAACAGAAGGAACACAGACAGAAUACCCAUCAACGUCGACAAGCACUUAUCCGGUGGAUGCGAUGCGCGAGAGGAAAAGUCGAUGGGAUCAAGAUCGGUUGAAUCGAGAGCUGAGACAAGAAAUGAGGCAUGAUGAUCUGCUGGAAGCCACGAAGAGAUACUUUGAUGACUACGAUCGCCAACUCAGACAAAUGACGGCCGAGUUGCAAUUGAGAGACACAGUUGAAAGAGAAGAAAGACAAAGAAGGAGACAUUUCUCGGAUUCUCCGAGAAAUCGAAAUCGAACAUCGAGAUUCACGUUUACUGAUGAUGAUCCAAUGUCGAGAGAAUACAGAAAAUUGGAGUUAAUGGAUGAAUUGGCGAGGCGACGAGAUGAAAGAGAUGCUGAUCGAUACUAUAACUCGUUGCCAAGAAUCGGUGGAUAUCGAACUGGUCGAGAUCUCACCUAUCGGGCCGAUCAACCGAGCUCCUCCACCUAUAAUUAUGGAAGUUUGCCGAGGAAUUACGAGCGCUGGAUGAUGAGUCACGAUGAUCCAAUACAGACCGAUUUUGAACAACCAUUCGGUGGAAGGUCGAUGGGCGCAGGACCCGCAUACGAUAGAGGGUACUCUCGAUCGAUGUACGACAUCUCGAACAACGAUCCGUUGAUCGAUCGAUACGCGCCAAAUCGAAUCCCAUAUUCGCAAGCCCGAUCCACUGGUUACUUGGACUCGACGGGUGUUGAGAGGGACGGCUUGCUGACAAUGCAGCCACAGUUCAGAAGAUCUUAUGGCCGAAUAAACGACCCGAGAGAUCCGUACGGAUUACAGCGAACCCAAGAGGCGCCACCACUUGGCCAAACAACAGCCAUCGGUCAGUCAAGCAUGGCCGGUGAUCAGAUGAUCUCACAAUACGCGAAUUAUCUUUCCCGACAAUUCUCCGAAGCUCAAUACGCGCCAUAUCAAGAUCAACUCUAUGGUGGAAUGCCGGGCUAUGGGAUGUCUGAGUAUCGACCAAACCCGCUAGCAGCGAGCACCCUGCCCGCACCGAUGCCGCUCCUCCACCAACGCCCUUUAGAACCCCAACUCAAUGACCCGUACCACACACAAUCCACAAUGCCGCACACGUAUGCCACGAAUCCCUAUCCGGGCCUCGGCACGACCACCUUGGCUAAUGCGGGCACAAUCGGUGGACAGGGCAUCACGACAAUGUCACAACAAUCCGUCUACCCGUCAACAUCAUAUGUGACUCAGCAACGACCGGUUGGAUAUGGGGCAAGUUAUGGGACACAGAACGCCUAUGUGCAACCGGGAGCUGCUCAAUCGCUGAACCCGGUGUACAGCCGAAGUGAAACGAACUACGGCGCUCGGCCAAUGCAAACCUCGCUGGAUUACGGGAACGGCAUUGGCGCAACGGGCACCUCGAGGAACAUCUACACCCGACAGCAACACCCAACCACAACCACAGCCGCGUCACUGCCUCCAAAAGCUUGGCACUAUGAUGGAGAUGCAUUGUCAAGAGUCUACGCGACAGCUGGGAGAAGAACCGGAAGAAAUGCGCAAGCCCCAGAUGUGAACACAAUGCGGGACUUGGGCCUUCGAGUGAUUGGCGGGAAAAGAAUGGACAACGGAGAACUUGGAGCUUUCGUCUCGGCGGUUGACUCGUCAAGAAAUGCACAAACGCUUGGUGAAGUGAAAGAAGGUGAUCAAGUCCUCGAGUGGAACGGUGUACUCUUGACGGGGAAAACUUUUGAGGAAGUCGAGCGAAUUGUUAACUCGGCCAAAGGAGAAGUCGAGCUGAUUAUAAAGACACCCUGCCCACCCGGUUGCUUGCAACACAUCGAUUUCGUUGAUAAGGAUCGCAUCUACGAACCGGUUCCACAUCGCGAUCAUUCACCCGAAGCCGCCCCUCCAGUGCCCACUCAUCGAUCAAUGAAUGGAAACAAUGGGAAUGGAAGAAUGAAUCAAUUAAACAACAAUUUCAUCAACGAUUACCCACCAGAGCCUCAAUGGACUCAACAAAUCGGCUAUUCGGCUCAGAAUAAGCCCGGUCAACCCAGUCAACCCGGUCAACUCGGCCAUCUUGAAGUGGCCAUGCACUACGAGAGAGCCACAUCGAGACUCAUUGUGCGAGUUCUCUCUGCAAGGGGAUUGCCAAUGAGAGACGGGCAUCGAGCGAAUCCUUUACCCAAUCCAUUUGUCAAGAUCUACUUGUUGCCAGGAAGAAAGGUCUCUCACAAGCGUCGCACCCGUUUUGUGCCCUCGUCCGUGGAUCCCGAAUGGAAUCAACUGGUGGAGUACGAUGUCCCAUCAACCGCUCUCCAUUCUCAUUAUCUUGAGUUUUCUCUUUGGGACUACGAUCGUUUCACAGAAAACAACGCUCUCGGACAAGUCGUUGUCUCGUUAGCGGAACGUGGAGUCCUCUCGAGCAGUCCUCGUUGGUAUCCAUUGCAGCCGUGUGAAAGAACAUCACUUGCAAGACAUCAGAUCAACAUCCCGGUCGAUCGAAGCCGUAUUCCACAACAAGGAUUUCACUACAACCCAAUUUCGAUGGACAUCGGCUACCCGGUGAUCAGC